AUGCCAGUUUGUGCGGAAGACAGGGCUAUAUACUCCCAGCAGCCAGAUCUAGUUGAGGCCGGGAUUGCCGUUUUGGACUUCAUCACGUGCCAAUAUGGCCUUCGCCAAUUUCAGAGCUCCUCCAGAAACAUCUCUGAACAAUUGCGUCGACAUACCAUCUUUCGCUGCUCGAAGAUAUCCACGAGCCCUGCAUCGCUUUUUAGAACGCUGACCCCACGUGGACCCUGUUUCCCAAUCAUUCAAUCCCUUUUCUGCCCUCAACAUCUUAAAUGGAGAUCAUCCGCACGACAGGGCUCCACAAUACCAGAGAACCACCGCAUCGAAUACAACUGGAUCAAGGGCGUGGAGACCCUUGAAAAAUACCGUCCCGGAGGCUACCAUCCCCUCAGGAUCGGGGACGUACUGAACAAUCGAUACCAAGUUGCAGAUAAGCUAGGCUUCGGCGGGUACUCGACUGUCUGGUUAGCAUUAGACACUCAUCUACAGCGCUAUGUCGCGGUGAAGGUGACUAUCGCGGACUCGGUUCCGCGGGAGACGAACAUCCUCAAGACAUUAUCAGCUCCUCGUUCGUUGUCUCAUCAUCCAGGAUCUGACUCGGUGCCUGUCAUCCUAGAUGAAUUCACCCUGCAAGGACCUAACGGGAUACAUUCCUGUUACGCGAUGACCCCUGCGCAAUGCAACCUGAGAGACAAAUCCUUUAGUCGGCUUUUCCCUCUCGAUGUUGCGAGGACAUUUUCGUAUAGACUUGCGCAGGCUGUUGCGUAUACCCAUUCUCGGGGGUAUGUUCAUGGAGAGACCGUCCCCAUCACCCGAUACGACGGUGGCCCGUUCCCAUCAAACGCCCCAUCCAGCGCCGUCAUCCCUCUCUUCCUAGGCAAAUACGCAGAGGAGUUCACAUUAAACGACGCACGCCCGGUCCUAAGCGACUUCGGAGAAGCAUUCCCUGCUUCAGAACCUCGUCUUGGCCAAGACUGCCACACGCCGCCUGCGUUUCGGGCUCCAGAGGCGAAGUUUCAACCGCUGACUCCCCUGUCAUAUCCCUCGGAUAUCUGGAGUCUAGCGACAGCGAUCUGGGAGAUCAUCGGGAUGAAAGCCGUUUUCAGCACUGAGUUCGUACCCGAGGAUGAAAUCAUAGCACAGCAAGUUGAUGUCCUCGGAUCUAUGCCAUCCGAGUGGUGGACGCGGUGGGAUGGACGAGCUAGAUUUUUCGAUGAUGAUGGGUGUCCUACGGACUCUUAUGUGAAAAAUAAAUGGCCGACGCUGGAGGGAUCGUUUGAGGAGGGCGUGCAGAAGUGGAGACGGAGACGGGGCCCCGCGAUCCAGGAGAGUGAGAAAGCUGCGUUUCUCGAUUUAAUGCGACGGAUGCUGUCGUUCCGGCCGGAGGAGAGACCCACUGCUGAGGAGGUGCUGGAGUCGGAGUGGAUGGUGGAAUGGGCGGCGCCUGACUGCGAGAGGGGCGGAGAUUAA